UUUGAACACUAUUUUGUCUUCAGCGACGUCGUUAGUUUCUAUGGAAAUAGUACACAACUUGGUCUGAGGUAUUACAAUAAUCCUAGGUAGAUUUAAAAAGAACUUCAAGUUGUUAAGUACGUCACCACAAUGAGUGUGCUUGAGCUUAGUAUCGUCAGUAUUUAGUUUGAUUCGAGUUCGGUUAUUUUGUAUCGACAUAGACACUCGCUCGGGGCACUUGCACUCAGUGUUGCAGUUUUUUUGGUCGGUGGAUCCCCGGCCGCCCCGCGGGCCGAAGCGAGUUCUAGAAAUCAGGAUAUGGCAUCUGAAAGCCUUUCGCAUGUACCACCGUCGGUCACUUUUGACGUGAUUUUGGAUGUUUCUACAAGCACCACAACACAAGCCAAAUGGCCAGAGAGAUUCGAGAAGAAAGGACAGAAAAAUGCUGAAGUUGAUGCCGAAGAGCGAUCACAAAAAUUGGAAGAAAAACAGCUUCGAGCUCAGAGAAACAAAGAGGAGCAUGAGGCAGCGAGACGUCUUCGGAUUAGCCAGCGAUCAGAGCAGUGCCGUCACAUGGCCUCUAAGAUGGAGAAGUUGCUUGCCCAGGAUGCUAAGAGACAAGGAAUAGCUGGGACUGAAAACAUCCGACCAAUGACACGCAAGGAGGCAGGAGCAAUGAUUCAAAGUGUUCAUAGAGAUUUCCAGCAGUUAGGAGCUGCGCUCAGCAACGAUAUGGGAACAUGAACAGAGGAAAAACAUGUUUAGCCUUGUAAAUUGGAAGAAUAGACCAUUAUCAUGUUGCAGCCAUUUGAUUUUGUCCCAUUCAAAUCAAUGUAAUCAAGGCGAGGUUGGAAGGAAAACUAGUCUGGUUCCUUUUUGCACACAAAAAACAUUCAGUACUGUUAUUGGAUACAGGGAACGCGACUGAAAUGGUUGCAACAUGAUAUUGGUCUGAAGCAACCUCGUCCCCAGGGUGUCGAGCAGUACGCGCCCACCACUACCUGCUCUCUCACCCUGGUAUUGGAUCAUUUGCAUGUGCAAGAUUUUUGAACACGUAUGCAAAUGAGGAACAGU